UUACCUCUACUUCCGGGAAGCUCGAGGAAUUGACAGAGGAGCUUGGUCUGUCUGUAUAAAUACACCCAGAGCGUUGCCUCUUAGCAAUUCUGCCGUGUCUGAAAGGGCCUGGCCAACUCCUCUGGCCGGCUGCCUGGCCUUGGCCCCCUGUGCGAGCCCUGGGUCUCGUCUCCCCGCGCGGGCGGAGGAUUCGACUCGCUGCCCUGACACGAACCGUUAGCUUUGUCGCCGGCUAUGGCCGAGUCUGGAAGUUUUGCCACAUCGCGUUCUAGACGUGAGAAAAAGUGUAGAAGAGGUCAGCAAGAAGCCCUAGAACGUCUGAAAAAAGCCAAAGCUGGUGAAAAAAUAAAAUAUGAGGUUGAGGAGUUCACAGGUGUUUAUGAUGAAAUAGAUGAAGAGGAAUACUCCAGGAUGGUCAGAGAGCGUCAAGACGAUGACUGGAUCGUUGACGAUGGUGGUAUAGGCUACGUAGAAGAUGGAAGGGAAAUCUUUGAUGAAGAUCUGGAUGACGAUGCUCUUGGUUCCAGUAAAAAAGGAAAAGGUAGCAGAACAUCUGCAGUUGAUAAAAAGAAUGUGAAGAAGCCUGUGGUGUCAAAGCCAAACACGAUUAAGUCUAUGUUCAUAGCCAGUGCUGGGAAGAAAAAUACAGAUAAAACUGUGGACCUGUCGAAGGAUGAUUUACUAGGGGAUAUUCUUCAAGAUCUAAAUGCAGAAACUGUUCAGCUAAGUCCACCACCAGUUAUAAUGCUGAAAAGAAAAAGAUCUGCUGGAGCGCCACUGAAUCCUUUCUCUGUACCAUCUCGGACUCCUAAGGCGAUCAGCCCUAUAUCAAGGAACACUCCUGCUCAUCACAGAAAGGAAGGUCUUCCUCCAGCUUCAUUUCAUCCUAAGCGUCCCAAUUAUACACCAAAAUCUGUCAUAGUCUCUAAAGAGAAUGAGGAUACCAAAUAUGUUUCAGAAGUUACAGAAAAGGGAGGAAUAGUGAAGACAACAGAAGAGAAAGCUACUGAAGAUGAUGAUCAGGGAAUGAUGGAUUUUGAUGAUGAGGACUUUGAUGAACCUAUGGAAGCAGAGCAUGUGGAAGCUAUACCUGAGGCAGCUGAAAGCUUGAAGAGAGACAAGGAAAUAGAAAAGAAAGAGACAGAGCAGCUGGAAUAUGUGAAGAAAGACACAUCUGUGUUAAGUUGUUCUCUCCCAGAUGUCUCGUGUUGGGACAGAAUUGAUGAGGAUGAAGCUGAUUUAGUGGCAACAGAAGUUCAGCUGGACCCCAAUCUCCUUCCACUUGUGAGUGGGGAAAAUGAUGAUCAAGUCUUAAGGUUUUAUUGGCUCGAUGCUUAUGAAGAUCAGUACAGUCAGCCAGGCGUGGUAUUUCUGUUUGGCAAAGUUUGGAUAGAAUCAGCAAACACCUAUGUCAGCUGUUGUGUGACAGUGAAAAAUAUUGAGAGAACUGUUUAUCUACUGCCACGUGAAAAAGAAAUGGACCUGUCCACUGGCAAAGAGACAGAGACUCCGGUAACUAUAAUGAGUCUCUUCAAGGAAUUUAAUGACUGCGUUUCACCAAAAUAUAAGAUCAUGAAGUUCAAAUCCAAGAAAGUUGAAAAAUAUUAUGCUUUUGAGAUUCCGGAUGUUCCAGCAAAAUCUGAAUACUUAGAAGUUAAAUAUUCGGCUGAAUUCCCUCGACUUCCCCAAGAUCUGAAAGGAGAAACAUUUUCUCAUGUAUUUGGAACUAACACUUCUAGCCUGGAACUUCUGUUGAUGAAUAGGAAGAUCAAAGGACCAUGCUGGCUGGAAAUAAAAAAUCCACAGCCCUCAAAUCAGUCAGUCAGCUGGUGCAAGGUAGAAGCAGUGGCUGUGAAACCUGUCUUCGUGAGCGUGGUUAAAGAUCUUUCUCCUCCUCCUCCUCUUGUGGUCAUGUCCCUCAGCAUGAAGACGAUUCAGAAUCCAAAGACUCACCAGAAUGAGAUUGUGGCUGUUGCAGCUCUGAUUCAUCAGAAAUUUCCUUUGGAUAAGGCUCCACCGCAGCCUCCUUUUCAGACGCACUUCUGCGUUGUUUCCAAACCGAAUGAUUGCAUUUUUCCUUAUGACUUCAAAGAAGCUAUUAAAAAGAAGAAUGCUAAAAUAGAAAUUGCUGCGACAGAGAGAACACUGCUGGGAUUUUUCCUUGCGAAGAUUCAUAAAAUUGACCCAGAUGUUGUUGUGGGUCAUAAUAUUUAUGGAUUUGAUCUGGAAGUGCUGCUUCAAAGAAUUAAUGUGUGCAAAGUCCCUCACUGGUCCAAGAUAGGUCGACUGAGGAGGUCCAACAUGCCGAAGCUUGGGGGUCGAGGAGGAUUUGCUGAAAGGAAUGCUGCUUGUGGUCGAAUGAUCUGCGAUGUAGAAAUUUCAGCUAAAGAAUUAAUUCGUUGCAAGAGUUACCAUUUGUCUGAACUGGUUCAUCAGAUUCUGAAAACGGAGAGGGUAACAAUUCUACCAGAGGAAAUUCGAAAUAUGUACAGUGAUUCUCCUCACUUAAUGUUCAUGCUGGAAAACACCUGGACAGAUGCCAAGUUCAUUCUCCAGAUCAUGUGUGAGCUGAAUGUUCUGCCACUCGCCCUCCAGAUCACAAACAUCUCUGGGAAUGUUAUGUCAAGGACAAUGAUGGGUGGACGAUCUGAACGAAAUGAGUUCUUGCUGCUUCAUGCAUUUCAUGAAAAAGACUAUAUAGUGCCAGACAAACAAAUUUUUAAAAAGCCUCUGCAGAAGCUGGUGGAUGAAGAUGAAGAUUUUGAAGAUCAGAAUAAAUCAAAGAUAGGGAAAAAGAAAGCAGCAUAUGCUGGGGGAUUAGUCUUGGAUCCUAAAGUCGGUUUUUAUGACAAGUUUAUUUUGCUUCUCGACUUCAACAGCUUGUACCCAUCAAUUAUCCAGGAGUUUAACAUCUGCUUUACCACAGUGCAGAGAACGUCAUCAGAAGCACAGAAGAGGGCGGAGGUUGAAGAAGAAGAAGAAAUUCCAGAGCUUCCGGACCCGUCUCUGGAAAUGGGAGUUUUGCCUAAAGAAAUCAGGAAACUUGUGGAGAGAAGGCGCCAAGUUAAGCAGUUAAUGAAACAGCCAGAUUUAAAUCCUGACCUUUAUUUACAGUAUGAUAUCAGACAGAAAGCUUUGAAACUCACUGCUAACAGUAUGUAUGGCUGCCUGGGAUUUUCCUACAGCAGAUUCUAUGCCAAACCUUUGGCUGCUUUGGUGACGCAUAAAGGGAGAGAGAUUUUGAUGCAUACCAAGGAGAUGGUGCAAAAGAUGAACCUUGAAGUGAUUUAUGGAGACACAGAUUCCAUUAUGAUAAAUACAAAUAGCACCAAUUUGGAUGAGGUCUUCAAGCUGGGGAACAAGAUCAAAAGUGAAGUGAACAAGCUCUAUAAAUUGUUGGAGAUUGAUAUUGAUGGAGUCUUUAAGUCCUUACUACUGUUAAAGAAGAAGAAAUAUGCUGCUCUGACAGUGGAACCAACGGGAGAUGGGAAAUAUGUAACUAAACAGGAACUGAAAGGAUUGGACAUAGUCCGAAGAGACUGGUGUGAUCUUGCAAAAGAAACUGGAAACUAUGUCAUUAGUCAGAUUCUUUCUGAUCAGCCCCGAGACAUAAUUGUGGAAAAUAUUCAAAGACGACUAAUAGAAAUUGGAGAAAACGUGAUCAGUGGCCAGAUCCCAGUAAAUCAGUUUGAAAUAAACAAGGCAUUGACAAAAGAUCCACAGGAUUAUCCUGACAAAAAAAGCUUGCCACAUGUGCAUGUUGCCAUGUGGAUAAACUCUCAAGGAGGCCGAAAGGUGAAGGCAGGAGAUACAGUGUCAUAUAUCAUUUGUCAGGAUGGAUCAAAUCUGAGUGCCAGCCAGCGAGCAUAUGCUCCAGAACAGUUGCAAAAACAAGAUAAUCUUACUAUUGAUACUCAAUACUACCUGUCACAGCAAAUACAUCCAGUAGUCGCUAGAAUAUGUGAGCCUAUAGAGGGAAUUGAUUCUGUACUUAUUGCAACAUGGUUAGGACUGGAUCCCUCCCAAUUCAGAGUCCAUCACCAUUACCAAAAAGAUGAGGAGAAUGAUGCCUUGCUUGGUGGCCCAGCUCAGCUCACUGAUGAGGAGAAAUAUAGGGAUUGUGAAAGAUUCAAGUUUCGCUGCCCCAAAUGUGGAACAGAGAAUAUUUAUGACAAUGUCUUCGAUGGUUCGGGGCGGUUUAUUGAACUCAGUUUGCAAAGGUGCAGUAAGAGUGAAUGUGAAGAGCCUCCUUUCAGCUAUGUGGUUCAAAUGAACAACAAAUUACUGCUGGAUAUUAGGCGAUACCUAAGAAAAUAUUACAAUGGUUGGUUAGUAUGCGAGGAGCCAACUUGCCAGAACCGAACCCGUCGACUUCCCCUCAGUUUUUCCCGGCAUGGUCCUGUAUGCCAGGCCUGUAAGAAGGCUAUUCUAAGACCAGAGUAUUCUGAUAAGGCCCUGUACACCCAACUCUGCUUUUACCGCUACAUUUUUGAUGUGGAGUAUGCAUUAGAUAAAGUGAUUACUGAAGAAGAUAAAGAGUACGUGAAGAAGCCAUUCAGAAAGGAAAUAUCUGAGGCCUACAGAAGACUGAAGAGCACAGUAGACAAAUGGCUGUCCAUGAGCAGCUACUCAGAAGUUAACCUCGGCAAACUCUUUGAGACCAUCAGUAUAGGAAGAUCUAUGGGAGAAUCCAAUAAUGAAAGGCAGUGAUUCAUUAAAAAUGGAGGGAGAAGAGAGGCUAGCUUGUUGUUUAAAAACAAUAAUCUCUUAGGCAGUACUCUGUUUCAGUAUGCACAAUAAUAUUUUAAUAAUCUUGUUUCUUUGGUGGUGGAAAAACAGAAGAUAAAAACAGGAUAUAUGAUUCACGUGGACAUGAAAUACUCAAGGUGUUUUUAUCUUCACUUCUCUUCUCCAUUGAGAAGUCAGGGUUAUUAAAAUACAGAGUAGUUGAUUUUUGCAAUAUAUUUUGUUGUAUAUUUAGACCUAUGAGGGAAAAGGGGGUGGGGGAAUUGCUGCUUUAAUUGGAUAAUUCCCAGUGAGAGUUGCUGGAAUGUAAGUGAUCCUAGACUUUGCUCCAGGGUAUUUAGUAGAGGUGCUCUCAGGAAGAGAGGUUAGUAGAGGUCUCAGUAGGAGCACUAAUGUUUUGCCUUUUCACAGUUUAUCUUCUUCCUGAUCAUAAACAUACCAAUUAAAAACAAUACUAAACCUAAAUGCCUUUAAAUGUCCUAAUACCUUCUGAACAGAGGUAGGGAUGUUUUACUUUCAAAUUUAUUGAAGGUAAAGAACGACUGUAACCUGGAGUUACAAAAAUAGGGAACCAUCUUUUUCAUUAAGAGUCUUUCAGCAUCUUUAAGUAUAAUGUUUCAGCAUGUUUAAGCAUAUGCAAAAACAUAAAGCAAUUGGAGAUUUCAUAUGUGUAUGUAGACAUGCACAUGUGCCAAAUGUGUUCAGUAGCUACACGGGAUAUAAAUGUAUUUGAUUUCUUCCCAUACAAAAUAUUUGAAAGUAAGCAAUCAAUAGAGGAAAAAUCUCUUUUUGAUGGGGAAGGGGAAAAAGGAGAAUCAUUGUUGCCGUUCUGUAUUACUAUCUUGGAAGUUUUAAAGGUUUUAUAAAUAAACUGUAUUUUCCAUUUACUUUUAGUAAAAUAACAAACAGAUCUGACAAUAAAUGGUCAUAAAUAUGGUUGCAGCUUUUGUACUGGAAUGAAAAUAUUGUACUCAUUACAUUUACUGUUAAGUUUGUGAUGUGAUAUAUUGAUGUAAGGUUAUAAAAAUGCUCUUCAAAAUCUUUAACAGUAUGAAAUGUAAAAUUUUCAUAACACUUGA